CCAAUUCGGCAAUUUUUGCAUGCUUUUUUAAAGCCCAAUUUUGCAACCAUUUUAUAUGAGAACCAAUCACACGACUUAAAUAAACGUCCACUUGUUAGAGAGAGCCCUUUCCCCCAUUCGAGAAACAUGCAUAUUCUCACAAUAACGACACACCGUUGCGAAUUAACAGUCAGUAAGCUGAGUGUACUUUUGCGUUGUCAUAUGGCAACACUAGGGCGAUACUGGUUAAUUUGCCUAUGUUUGGCUAGUCGUUUUAUAUAUGAUUGGCAAGUUUGUUUAAAUCCCGUAUGCUGGCCGCAAGUAAUUAGUCGAAUGGAGUGAAAUUAAAAUAUCAAAUGUUGGCAAAUGUGAAGUAUUGAAUCAAAUGCCGAUAAAAUGGCUAGAAUUACUUCGAUAGACUUCGAGGUAUGUAUAACAAUGUCAUUUGCAAAUAACUACAAACUGUUAUCAAAGAAUAUUUAAGGUUGUUGUCAAUGAUAAUUUGUAUAACAGUGAACUGCUAUAAACUCGUCGAAAAUUUUUCAACAAUUUAACCAAAACUCAUCAAUUUUCUUCUCUUUCAUUUUAUUCUUUCCUUAACUCACCAUACAUCAUGAGCCACAACCAAUCCUAAUUUUGAAGGUGAAUAUAACAUUUGGAGAUUAAAGAGAAAACCGGCAUUUAAAAUAUUGGCAGUUACACUUAGGAAUCAAGAGGCGGGUCCCAGCCAAAACAGUGAAUAGUGUGAGAAAUGGGAGCAAAUGGCAAGAAAUGGAAAAUACCUAUGUCCAUAGUGCAGUCACCUGAAAAUUUAAACCAACAUUUAACUAGGGAUUUAUAACUGUUCAGCGUAUGGUUAUGGAUGCUAGCGAGAAACAGCGCGAACAACCGCAGCACUUUCAAAACUCCAUUUCUAGAGGAUGCAAACAGGCUCAUCAAAGUCCCUGCUAUUUAUAGGAGGACAGCACCCGAGACACCAAAGAAUAAUAAAAAGCUACCAAAGUAAAGGGAAAAAAUAGACAAAAUGCUGGAGAAAUAAGAAAAAAGCCACAGGGGAAAAGGCAAAAAAUAAAAACGCACAUAAAAGCUACAAUAAUGAACAACACUUGCCAUCAUCACAGAUCAUACAAUAGCAACAUUGGCAUUGUCAUAGAAAGAAAUCGAAACAACAGCAGAAACAACAACAAAGGAACUUGUUAUUAACCAUAUUCCGGCUGUUAUAGAAAACAAUAGUUCCCAAAGCAGCAGUAGUAACAACAACAACCACAACACCUUCAUAGGCCUUUAUAGGAAUUUUUUUUCUCAACACCAAGUUAUGCUACCACCACCAACACCCCAAGAGCCCAUGACAACAACAUUAGCUACAGCAACAACGCAGCAGGCCACAAUAAUGGCCAUAACAACAACAGCAGCAACAGCAGCAACAGCCACAACAAGCAACCACAGUCUAAGCCCACAUCACGAAACUGCCUUUCUACAUGAAUCCAUGGCCAGUCCAUCAAGCAAUGCAGCAGCUGCAACCAAGGCCAACAGUAAUACGAACGCCAUACAUCGCCUGAAAGCAUUUUUGAAUAAAACCCUUAACAAUGUCUCCAAAACAAAUGUCAGCGAUUAUACGGCUCAAUAUUUCUCCUCGGCCACAGGAGCAUCACCACAAUUACCCUCAUCUCGUUCAACUUAUGAUGAUAUUUUUAUUGGCAGCAUCAAUAAUGGCGGCGAAGGCAAUGGUGGUUUUGUGGGCAACAUAACCGAUGGCUUUGGCAGUUAUGCCACUGCGGCAGCAGCUGCCGAUAUGGCCGUGACAACGCUCUCGAAUAGCGGUGUGGCCCAUUUGGAGACAACAACGACAGCGGCGGCAGCAGCCGCAGCAUUUCCCACCGCUCAAACGGUGGCCACAUUCAUAGCUGGCAAUAAGAAUCGGGCCACAACGAUAAUUGUUUAUCCAACAGUUUCUCCGGAAUCCAUUGUGAUACCCAUUGUCUCCUGCAUAUUUGGCUUUCCCAUAUUGGCAUUUAUAGUCAUUUGCUGUUUGCGUCAUCGUGCCAAAUUGGCCAGGGAGCGAGAUCGUCGAAGGAAUUAUGAUAUGCAGGACCAUGCUGUGAGCCUGGUCAGAUUUAGUCCAAUACAUAGGCUUAGUGAGUUUAAGUGUUAUUACCGAUCGUCGCGAGCUAUCAGUUUACGUCCUGAACGAAGCUUGAGUCAAGGUUUUACUUCUCUAGAAUUAGACACCGUGGUCGAGGAGCGUUGCAGCGAUGUGGAACAAACCCAAACCGAAAUCAUACAUCCUGAAUCACCCAUGGAGUCCACUACGUCAUAUAAAAUGUCUCUGUCCAGCAGCUAG